AUGGCUACCCAGGGGAAACUCGACGCCGCACAGGCGUCCGACAUCGCUCAACUCUGGCAACGAGCAGUCGAGGACUAUGAGAAAAGGACCAAGAAGUCUCUCCACCUGGCCCAGUUCAGCGACAUCGACCAAAUAAUGAAGGGCACGGAAGGCUUGUCGAACGAGUUUAAGGAUUUCCGGCAUGACCGAUCGAAAAUAGACAAUGUGCGGACUGCAUUGAAGAAUAAUUUAUGGCUGAUUCAGAAGGUCGUUAAUACGAUCGAGGUGGUUGGGAAUGCUGCAUCGGUAUGUUCUCUUACAUGGAAUUAUAAUAGCGUGUAUGCUGUUGAUGUUGAUGCUGUUGAUAUUAAUGCGGAUGAUAUUGAUGCUGUUAAUAUUGAUGCUGAUGCUGAUGAUGGUUAA